AUGUAUUUAAAAUCUACUCAUUCACAACUCCUUGAUGGAGGUCAUAAAUGGGAUGUCACUUUGUUUUGCAAUGCAGAAGCAAAUUCUAUUGCAUCAGUAAGCAUUAAUCCAAAAUCAAAAGGCUCAAAAGUAGUAGCAAAUGAUGCAAAACCAGCACCAACAGCUUAUACAAUGUCAUAUACAUGUUCAAAAAACGAUCUACCUCCAGUAAAAUUUUCAGCUAUUAUAACAUUUUUGAAAACCAAUGAAAAGAAAACAGUUAGUGUUCCUGCAAAUAUGGCAACAGAUAGAAAAAGAAGAAGAGCUGAUGGUUCAAUGGAUCACGACGAAUCAAGUGACAAUCAUAACCAAGUAAACAAUGAGCAACCAUUACCGCUUCCACUUUCAGAAAAAGAAGGAAAGGAAAAAAGAAGAAAAUUAUAUUUAUGUUUUGGUAGAUCAAAACCUAUUGUGUCAGAGAAAGAUGAAACUGUAAUUGUCACAACAACUUCUUGA